AUGCGCAACGGCAGCCUGCUGCUCUUCCGCCCCUCGACACCCCUCUGGUUUCGCCUGAAGCUGCGAUACAGAAUAGCCCCCAAUCCGGCUUGGGCUGCCUUUGUUCUUGCUGGUGUCAUGCUGGCCAUGUUCCCAGUCAAGCGAUCAAGUGCCGCCCUUGCUCAUCCGCGGCUGAGCUUCCGCCGUCUAGAAUCGAACAAUGAUCUCUGCAACGGUGGUGCAUCAGUAUGUAUCGAGUCCGAGAUGACGGAAUUUUGGGAUUUUAGCUCCCGGGCUUCGAUCAUUCUGAAUGACAUUAUUCUUCCGGGCGCCUAA